GUAACGUAAAUCGGCGAGUAUCAUAGCAUAGAAGCGCGAGAGAGAGAGAGACGGUGAAUAUUUCGUGUGCGCCGUAUAAACGUUUUGUCGAACGGGGGGGCAGUUGUCGCGGAACAGGUGGUGAAGGAUGUAGCGCGCGGAGCGUCACUCACUCCGGCCUUCUCGCUCACCCCCAGGUCUGACUCUAAAAACCAACAAUUCGCUCGCUGCAGCGCGCGAUUUUCCUCUUUCUCUUUUUCGCGAACUGGUAGUGCCGCCGCCGCCGCCGCCGCGCGUCUCUCUGUGUGCGCGCACUAUAGGUAUACAUAUAUACGCGCGAUCAGCUCUUGGGCUGUGUAUGUGCGUGCAUAAGUAUAAUACGACUAUACGAGAGAGAGAGAGAGAGAGAGAGAGAGAGAGAGAGAGAGAGUAGCGAGUAGCCUCAGAGCUCCGCUGCAGAGCAGCUCGUGAAAAAAGAAGUACACGAGAGAAAAGAGUCGCGGCUGGAGGAGGGCUUGCCUGGCGGUGGACAGUCGUGCAUAUACAGAGCCCAGUCGAUCUCCUCUCCCCGACGAUAGUUCCAUGACUCCGCUCGGCGACACAGAGUGAGUACCUCGAUAGCCCCAGAGCGUGAGCCCCCCGAAAGAGGUGCGCCUAUUGCUCUCUUACACCCUUAUACUCUUUUGCGUGUGCGGUGUACUGCUGCUGCCGCUGCCGCUGCUGUUACCGCUGCUGCAGUCGCGCCGGAGUUCAGGGAAGCUGUUGUUGCCGCUGCUGUUGUUGCCGAGGAAUAAUCGAGGGAUGAGCAAGAGGAGCUCCGCCAGGUCGAGUCGUGCUUGAAAAGCGAAAGAAAUAAAGAGGGAGAGAGAUAGGGGAAGGGUGCUCUUGGUGUGAAAACAUGGUGAUAGUCGCGCUAAAGGAGUGCCGUCCUCUUAGAUGUUGACAAGGAAAAAACGGGGUACUGUGAGUCGUCUGGAGAAUGUAGUGGCUAAGGAUCAGCGGAAAAUGACAGUAUUAGAAGCAGAGGAGGAUACUGAUGAACGGCCGAACCCACCAAGGAAGAAACUUUGCCUCUCUCUUUCGGCUUUGUCAGAGAGACGCAAUCAAGGAAUCAGCAAAAACAAAUCUGAGCCUCAGCCAGUUGGACGGGCUAGUACUAGCCAAAUACGUCCCAAUCAUCCAAGUUCAAGCAAAAUGUUGAAUGAUUUCCAAAGGCUAGGUAGUAAUCAUCGAGAUGCUGGCUGUGAUGUUACAUCAAACGUCAUAACUGGAGGCUUAAGAAUAGCAACUUUGUGUAAUUUAGGCAAUACCUGCUUUUUGAAUAGUGUACUUUAUACGCUGCGAUGCACACCAUCUUUCUUACACAACCUUCACCACCUAGCCACAGAUUUAUCUAUUGUCAGUGAAAAACAACUUCAAACAAAAAUUAAGAUAUCAUCUUUGGGUAGAACUGGUAUAUCAAGUACAACAAGUAGUAGUCGUAGCUGGAGCAACAAAGAUCUCCCAUCAUUGACAUCCGCAAGUGCUGCAACAGAAUUGAAUAAGCCUCGAAUUCAAGUAGCCACUGAAAAGUUGCAUGAGCUUUUCAUGUCAUUAAGAGAAUUAGAAACGAGAGAAAACAAUGAACCUUAUCAGCCUGAUGCAUUUUUACAAGCUCUUAGAGAAGUCAAUCCAAUAUUCGAGGGCAACCAGCAGCAAGAUGCGCACGAGUUGCUCGUCUGUCUUCUCGAUAACAUCCGCGAGACGUUCCAACUGCUCGUCAGGCAUCGAGAAAACCAGUUCGGCUGGCGGGCCGAUGGCAACGGUGGCACUGGUACCGCCACGCAGAUCGACUUCCUGCGAGAUCGAGCGACUCAAUCAGAAAGCAGCAAGCGCGGAAAUCGUAAGUCGCAGAAGCAAAAGAAGAAGCUGACAGGCAGCUCGCUGCGAGCCUCCAGUGCCAGCGGUAUCAUACAAACAACCUUAAACGGCAUCAAACCGCCUGUGGGUCAAGUGCUAGAGAACGGCAGUAUUACGCCGCCUAUCAGCAACGGCGAGUUGAGCAGUCGACUCGAGAGCAAAAAGUGCUUUAUUUCGGAGGACUUCGAGGGUGUCAGUCUUCUACGUACCACGUGCCUGGAGUGUGAGCAAGUUACCGAGAGGAAGGAGACCUUCUGUGACAUCUGCGUGCCCAUCGACAUUGAUAGGUCGAACGAGAAAGAUGAGGAUGGAAAAACGAUGGAUUGUAGCGCAAUUUAUAAAAAAGCAGUAGUGACAAGCGAACUGUUAUUUGAUAAAAACAAAUAUUGGUGUGCCACAUGUCUUCGGUACAAUGAAGCUAGACGAGCCGUUUGUUUUCCUUCAUUACCGAGAUUGCUUGUUCUACAAUUGAAAAGGUUUUCCACUGCAGCAGGGUCAAUGGAGAAAAUUAAUAAUCACAUGCCAACGCCACUAACCCUCCAAUGUUUCUGCGAAGAGUGCAACAUCAUUGCCGAUCAGUCUCGUUACUCUGGUUCAUUUUCAGGCUCCUCGCAGAGCAAUCAAAAAGAACCUACCCAGCGUCACGUUUAUAAUCUGUACUCCGUGAUAAUGCAUCAAGGCGCAACGAUGACAGCUGGACACUACGUUGCCUAUACACGUGUACCUGGCGAAUCAGCUCACGCUGAAUAUAAGGAGUGUGAGGGUGAUAUUCUUCAUCGUCAACAAAAUUCUCAGAAUCAUCAUUCGUCCAGUGCUCAUCACAAUGGUCAUCAGGGUUCCGACAACAGUAAGAUCACGUAUUUCUUUAGCUGUUUCGGCAACAAGCCUAACGUGAACGAAAAUAAAGAUUCGGCGCAACGAGGCAAACAGCAGCAAGGUUGCCGAGGCAAUGAGUGCUGCGGCAUUAAGCAAACUUCGCGUAACGGGACUGGCACCUGGCUUGAGUGCGAUGACGAGGCCGUACGCGUGAUUCCAGAGCGCGAACUUCAGGACAAACUUGCACCGAGCUCGAGGAAUUCUAGCACGCCCUACCUGUUGUUUUAUGUGAGGUCUACCACAUCGGCGCCUACGUCAACAACAACAGCUACGGCGACGACUAUGACGACUUGAAGUACUUUCAUUUAAUCCUUCUUUUACUCAACGCAUCACUCAGAAGAAAAGAAAAACAUGUAUAUAAGUAAAGUUGUAGCUAUUUUAAAGAUGUACAUGAAAGAAGCACGAUGACGAUACGAUAUUAAUGUUAAUGCUUUAUAAACAAAACAACGGUGACUGCGUUCUUUCUAUACUUUAUAAGCCUUUUAUGUUUGUAUCUCUCUCGAUCUGAUAUUUAGAAAAAAUCACGCGACGCGAGUGAAUCGCCGAAACCUAAAGCCGCGAGUCGUGUGAUAUUUUUACGAACUGAAUUUAGAUUGGACUUUGUUUUAAGAAUCUCAUAAUUACGAUUUUAAGUUGCUGUAUAGAAUUCCUAAGGCGUUAGGGACAAUGUCCUUUUUAUGGAACACGGACAUUGGUGUAAAUGAAUAUUAUAUAUGUACGCGUGUCCUAAUACAAAAAAAGAAUCACCCUUACAAAUAAUUCGUUAGAGUGGCUUUAAGGCUGACGUGUGACGUCGCGAGCUAGAAAAAAGUGAUAAAGGUUCAAGUUUAUUAAUUCAAGGCCUCAUGUCUGAUUAUAGUGUUUGAUUUUUUUAAAAAAAGGAACAAAAAAUAAGUCAAUUUCUUGUUUUACAAAACUUGAUCUUCCCUUCUGCGAGAUGUACAGAUGCAUCUUUCGUUCGUGAAGACUGGUUUCAGUCUCCAAAUUGUAAAGCCAUAUUAUUAUAAUAUACAUAAUGUCAAAACAGUUA